AUGAGGUUGUGAGUGAUGGCGUGUGUUGAUACCGUUUUUCACCGCAUCGCGGUGGGAGUUUGGUAACUAUGUUUAGGACGAUUGUUAUAUACGACCAAAGAAUGGUGAACUGUGUGUGAAUGAACAUAGAAACUAUAUAUGUUCGUAUCAUGGGGUGACAACCGUGACUGAUUUUGUAAUUCCUCCGGGAAGGUGAACUUUCUUAUCGUGAAACCGCAUGUUCUUAAACAUGGCGGAUCUCCGUGAACCGUGAACUCUCAUCCGUGAACUCUGUGACCCAUGAACUCUGUGAACCAUGAACUUUGUGAACAGUGAACUCUGUGAACCAUGAACUCUGUGAAUCAUGAACUCUGUGUGUCAACAAGGAAAACUGUCAGCUUGUUUACAUAAAUGUUUUGUGCUGUAACUAUUUUUUUCGGUAUAUGAUAUUUAUUUACAUAAAUAUUCAUUAACAUUGCAAGGCCUUAUCAUUUCAAGUGUUGUCCCUAGAUUCAAGUGUUGACCAUUGUCUUGUCAACUUAGUUUGCCAGCCCACCCCGUACGGCACGUCGCGUGGAGAGGGUCAGCAUCUUCUCUCACUCACAACAUUCUCUAGUGAAAAACGUAUUAUGAGUGAACAGUGAACACUGAAAAUUAGAGACACUGAAACUAUGUGAACAGUUUAUAGACACUGUGAAAAUAUUUCAAGCUAUGAAAAUAGUAAGUCAUUUUUUGACUCUUGUUUUGUUCCUUUUGUUGACAAGCUUUACACAGUGGUCAAAAUGUAUUACCCAGAUAACACGUGAUGUACAUUUAACGUUAUUAGCAAAUACAAUACAUGAUACAAAUAUGUCAGAACUUGAAAAUGGCAACCCAUACGGGGCCGGAGAUGUGGUUAAUGACAAUGUCAACGACAAUGUGAAUACAGAUAAUGUGAACAAUGUGAAUAAUGAACCAAUAGUGAAUUUAGAGGAGAAUGAGAAUUUACCCGAGGCGUCCGAAAACAGUGUGAACAAUGAGCCGACAGUGAACCCAGAGGAUAGUGUGUCUCAUGUUUCGAACCGUUCAACGACUUCAAGUAUAAGACUUAAAAAUAAGCAGAAAGAAAUAGAAUUAAAACUUGAGCUACAUGUAGAAGCCUUACAUGAAAUCAACGAAAUUGAAGAAGAAAAACUUAAACUACAAAGGCGCACUGAAGAACUGCAGAGAAAACAGAAGGAAGUGUCGUUACGUGCAAAACUACAUGCAGUGCGUGAAAUGAAUCGGGUUUUAGAAGAAGAAUCAGACCCGGAAGUAACAUUUAAACCUCCAGUGACAUCAGCAAGUCCUGUCGCGAAAGAAACUAAUUCAUCUAAAGCAUUCGUACCUCCAGUGACAUUGACAGGUCCUGACGUGAAAGAAACACAAUCAUUUACGUGUAACAAUACUGAUGUAAUGUCUGUUUUCAAUAGACUUGUAGAAAAUCAACGUGAUCAAGUGUUACCCAAUCAUGAAAUUAAAUAUUUCGAUGGGUCUGACAUUUUAUUAUUUCAAACCUUUAAAAGAAACUUUGAGUUAGUUGUGGAACGAAAUACGAAGGAUCCAACUAGAAGACUUGAAUUUCUGCUGAAAUAUACGAGAGGGGAAGCGCACGAUUUAAUUCAAUAUUGUCCUUUAAUCGAUCCCCCACAAAAGGCCUGUGAACGUGCAAAGACCUUGCUUAUUCGCGACUACGGUGACCCCCCAAUAAUAGCAGCAGCAUUUAUGAAACAAAUUGAACAGUGGCCUCGAAUUAGUUCCGGUGAUAAAGCAGGACUAAGAAAAUUUUCUAUUUUUCUUAACCACUGUGUUAACUCUAAAGAAAAUAAUAGUGAUAUGAAUUGUAUGGACGAUUUUGACUUUAUUAGAUCUUUUUUGUUCAAAAUUACCAACAGCUCUUCAACAGAAGUGAAUUUCACAAGUUGGUAAAUUACGUGAAACCCAGAGUCGGUCACCUAAUCUAUCUGACUUUGAAAGCUUUGUGGGCUUUAUAUCUAGAAGUGAAAACGACCCACGUGUGAGUGGACUUGGAUAUCAGAGUAGACCAAUUUCUUCUUACAGUCAGAAUAAUAGUCAAAAUAAACAGCCUGCAGCACGAAAGGUUUAUGAUUCCAGUAUUCAAGUGACAACUGCUUUAGCAAGGAAGUCACCAUGUUUAUUCUGUGGCCCUUCAACAUCACAUAGUUUGUUAAACUGUCGCAAGUUUUCCGCUUUAACUUUAAGUGAUACAUCAGAUGCUGUUAAAAGACUAUAUUUGAAUAGUUUCAUUAUUUGCAUUUACCCCCAGAUGUUGGAGCCUACCUGCUAAUUCAUCAGGUGUAUUGUAGAGUUUAUGUAUAAUGUUUGGGCUUAAUAAUAGGGCAAUGCCAAUCUUUGUUUCAUUAUAUGCAGUGUAUAAGUUAUAGCCAGUUUCGUUUUCAACAUUUUUUAUUUGAUGGACAUUGGAUUUUAGAAUUUCUUGUAUACAAACAAUAUCUAGUUUGUUAAAUAUAUUGCUAAUUUGUUUAAUCUUUUGAAGAUUUCCUUGUAGAGCGUUUAUGGAGUAAAUUAACAUAAUAAUUAGGUAAAUAAUAGGGAUAGAAGGCUUCAUUGUUAACUAAUAUGGUUUCAAGAACUUAUAACGUCUUAAUUUGUUUGAUCUCUAAACAUCUGUUUCGGUAAGCGGGGAUUCCGCUCGCGCCCUUUUAUCAUCUAUUUCUGUUUCGGAUAAACUAUCAAGGCUUCUUUCCCUUUUACUUACUGUGUCACACUUAGUGACUGUAGAGUUAUUUAACAAUGAGACAUCAGCGUCAUAGUUAAGAUUUGACUGCGAUGUUUCAGGGAUAUCAUGGGAUGAGUUGUCAAUGAUACUGUUAUCCUCUAAAUAACUUUGACCCACUGAGGAUCCUGUGUUAAUGGGGGUGGAAGAAACAUGACCACUAGAUGUAUCAAUAAUAGACUUAUUAACAUCAUUGAUAAAAUGGCUAUCAGGGCUGAGGAUAACAUUUGUUGUAUCGGUAGUGAUAGGAAUGUCAUUGUUGACUACUGUUGUUUUUAUGGAGUCUAGAGUAGCUAAGUCCUGGCUUAGACUUCCUGGGUUUGUGGGUUUGACUUGACCAGAAUUAUAGACAUUUGUUUUUGUCGUAUUAUUUUUUGAGGGGAUAAUAUUAUUGACACCAGGGUUAUUGUCUUCACUAGGGUCAUAACCUAAGACAUGGUUAUUGAUAUUUAGGUGCUCAUGAUUAGGUUCAUAAAUAUAUUAUCAAUAUUAUGGGUGGGUUCAGUGGCUAUAUCAGCAGAUACAUGUACUAUAGCACUGUUUGGACUAGUUUGGGGUUGAAGGGCAGGAAAUUCCAUUUGAUCAUCAGGAUUUGGUGCAUUGGGGUUGGUUGGCAGACUAUAUCUUUUGUCUGGUUUUGUUCCAUCACGGCCAAGAUGCCCAUGCAGGCCGCAGUUGUAACAAAUUUUGCCCCUAGUUUGGCCCUCAUAUUUAAUGGAUACAUGUAUCCCUUUUAUAUAAAUGUGCGAUGGAAUAGGUUUAAACAUUUUUUUUACAUAAACAAUUCUAACACCGCUUUCGACCGUUGGAAAUGGUUUGAAGCAGGAUCUGUCACAUUUAACCAAUUCACAAUAGUUCGUCAAUUUGUUAACCAGAUAAUUAUUGUCCAUUUCGAAUGGUAGGCCGAAGACCGCAACAGGAAUUGAAUCAACAGGGUAGUCCCAUGUGAUGUUUCCAGCCGACUCUACUGUAUAAUUGCAAUUCUUCACUGAGAAGGUCUUGAGAUUACACUCAUCUCCCCAUUAGGGUUAAUUGUCAUCUUUGUCGAUUUUAUGUAACUCAUUGUCAAUAAAACACUUCAACAGCUUGUACGUGGUCUUAAUUAGAGUUUAAAGGUGGUGAAUCACGGUGGCCAUAGACCGGCCAUGACAAUAUGGCUGACACCAACACUGAGAAUUCAAAUGUCUUGUCACAGUAGAACUCGAAUAGUUUGGGGCAAUUCAGAAAUAAAUGAUGGUAAGAUUCAGUUGCUUGGUUACAAUAGUGGCAUUUAUAGUUGAUAGUAUAUAUAUAUUUCUGUAUAGCAUAAUAUCUUUUGUUAGUACUGCAUUAUUGAUGAUUGUAUACAUGAAAUCCUUUUCUUUUUCAGAUAAGGAGGAGCAUUUAUAGAGGUUUGUCCAGACUUUUGAAAAGUCAACAUGAGGAUAGGAGUAGUGUGAUGGUUUUCCAACAGAAAGGAUUUCAGUUUUAUCAUGGUUUAGUUUGGAGCCAGAUAUAGAGCCAAAUGUUUUGAAUUGUUCGAGGAGGGUGCUGUAUGAAGAAAGUCUAGAUAUUAUAGCAGAACAGUCAUCUGCAUGCUGAAAUAACUUAAUCUCUGAAGGGUGGUUAGGGAUCCUGAUGCCUUUUAUGAGGAUGUUUUUGUUUAUGUAUGAAGCAAGGGGGUUGAUACACAAUGAGUAUAGAAUCAUGGAUAGUGGACAUCCUUGACGAAUCGAUCGGUUAAUUUUAAUAUUUUGGGAAAAGGAUCCAUUUACUUGGACUUUACUAAUCAAGUUUUUAAACAAUAUUGUAACCCAGUUAAGGAUGUAAUUUGGGAAAUUAAUAUGUUUAAGUAGAUUUAUGAUAUAGUUGUGUUCAAUGCGAUCGAAGGCUUUUUCUUGGUCAAAUGAUAAUAUAUGGGCACUGGACUCAUUUGUGUUUAUAUAAUUUAGUAUUGUAUCUAUUGAAUAUAGGUUAUCAAAAAUGCUUUUUUUUGGUCCAGCUCCUGUUUGUGUAUUAGAGAUUAAUUUGUUAAUAACAGAAUUUAUUCUUGUGCUUAGAAUUUUUGUUAUGAUUUUAUAGUCCACACAUAACAGGCUUAUCGGUCUAUAGUUCUUGAGUAAUCGAUGGUCGCCUUUAUUCUUGUAGUUAAUUGUUAUGAUACCAGUUCUCAUUGUGUUAGAUAAUUCCCCCUGUAGAUAGAUGUUGUUUAAUACUUCUGUUAAAUCGUUUCCUAUAAUGUCAAAGAAUUUUAUGUAGAAAUCUCCUGGAAUACCAUCUAUACCCGGGCUACGGUUUGUUCUAAAUUUUUGUAACGCCUUAAGGACUUCAUCUCUAGAUAUAAAAUGUGAUAUUGAAUCUCUUUCCGUGUUUGUUAGUGUGUUUAUGUCACUGUUUUCGAUAUAGGACUUCAUUAAGUUAUCAUUAAUAUUUUGAGAAGUAUAUAGUUGUUGGUAGAAUUGGUGAAUUGUGUCUGAUAUAUCUUGUUUAUUGUCACAGAUUGUAUUAUUUUGAUUGAUCAGUUGUUUAAUUUGUUUUUUUGCACCCUUUUUAACUUCUGCUAAUUUAUAUAUUUUAGAAUUAGUAGAUACAUCAAUUUGGGGUAUUUCUAAUUUUGAACGUAUAACGUAGCCUUGUUUGGUAUUAUAUUCUAUAAGCUCAAUUUUUGAUUUAAUCUCGUUUAUAGAGUUAUUCUUACAAGAUAUUUCAUUUUCUAGGGAUUCCAGUCGUUGAUAAAGGUUACUGAGGAUAUGUUUGUUCUCAACUGCUAAGGCUUGACAGUAAUUUUGUGUAAUAUUUCUAAUAGCGGCUUUACCUUUUUCCCACCAUUGUAUGUUGUCAAUGAUUUGGUAUUUUUUGUUUUGCCAGCUUGACCAGAAUGUUUUAAUUUGAUUUUGGUAGUUUUUAUCAUCUUGAAUAGAAUUGUUAAGUUUCCAAUAUCCUUUACCCCAUUUAAGAUUGUUAAGGUUGAUAUUUAGUUCCACUGCUUUAUGGUCAGUGAAAUGAAGUGGUAUAUGUUUAAUUGAUUUGAUGUAAGUUGCAUAUUUAUUACUUAUGUAAAUGCGGUCUAAUCUGCUAGCAUGUCCUUGUGAGUUGUGAUAGGUAAAAAGGGGAGUGUCAGGGGAGAUAAUUCUGUAACCAUCACUUAUAUUAAGUAGAUUUUGUAUAUCAAGUAGAUAUCUUAUAGCAUCUUUUGGAUGGUUAUUCAUGUUGCCAUGUUUGUUAUCUUUACUGUUUUCAAUAAGGUUAAAAUCACCAGUAAUAAUAUAAGAAUGUAGUGGAUUAUGAAUAGUUUUGACAUAUUCAAGAAGUCUCUUGUAGUAAUAAGUUUUCAAUUCUCUCUUGCAGGGACCAUAUAUAUUGAAUAUUUGAAUAGUUUCAUUAUUUGCAUUUACCUCCAGAUGUUGGAGCCUACCUGCUAAUUCAUCAGGUGUAUUGUAGAGUUUAUGUAUAAUGUUUGGGCUUAAUAAUAGGGCAAUGCCAAUCUUUGUUUCAUUAUAUGCAGUGUAUAAGUUAUAGCCAGUUUCGUUUUCAACAUUUUUUAUUUGAUGGACAUUGGAUUUUAGAAUUUCUUGUAUACAAACAAUAUCUAGUUUGUUAAAUAUAUUGCUAAUUUGUUUAAUCCUUUGAAGAUUUCCUUGUAGAGCGUUUAUGGAGUAAAUUAACAUAAUAAUUAGGUAAAUAAUAGGGAUAGAAGGCUUCAUUGUUAACUAAUAUGGUUUCAAGAACUUAUAACGUCUUAAUUUGUUUGAUCUCUAAACUUCUGUUUCGGUAAGCGGGGAUUCCGCUCGCGCCCUUUUAUCAUCUAUUUCUGUUUCGGAUAAACUAUCAAUGGUUCUUUCCCUUUUACUUACUGUGUCACACUUAGUGACUGUAGAGUUAUUUAACAAUGAGACAUCAGCGUCAUAGUUAAGAUUUGACUGCGAUGUUUCAGGGAUAUCAUGGGAUGAGUUGUCAAUGAUACUGUUAUCCUCUAAAUAACUUUGACCCACUGACAAUCCUGUGUUAAUGGGGGUGGAAGAAACAUGACCACUAGAUGUAUCAAUAAUAGACUUAUUAACAUCAUUGAUAAAAUGGCUAUCAGGGCUGAGGAUAACAUUUGUUGUAUCGGUAGUGAUAGGAAUGUCAUUGUUGACUACUGUUGUUUUUAUGGAGUCUAGAGUAGCUAAGUCCUGGUUUAGACUUCCUGGGUUUGCGGGUUUGACUUGACCAGAAUUAUAGACAUUUGUUUUUGUCGUAUUAUUUUUUGAGGGGAUAAUAUUAUUGACACCAGGGUUAUUGUCUUCACUAGGGUCAUAACCUAAGACAUGGUUAUUGAUAUUUAGUUGCUCAUGAUUAGGUUCAUAAAUAUAUUAUCAAUAUUAUGGGUGGGUUCAGUGGCUAUAUCAGCAGAUACUAUAGCACUGUUUGGACUAGUUUGGGGUUGAAGGGCAGGAAAUUCCAUUUGAUCAUCAGGAUUUGGUGCAUUGGGGUUGGUUGGCAGACUAUAUCUUUUGUCUGGUUUUGUACAUUCACGGCCAAGAUGCCCAUGCAGGCCGCAGUUGUAACAAAUUUUGCCCCUAGUUAGGCCCUCAUAUUUAAUUGAUACAUGUAUCCCUUUUAUAUAAAUGUGCGAUGGAAUAGGUUUAAACAUUUUUUUUACAUAAACAAUUCUAACACCGCUUUCGACCGUUGGAAAUGGUUUGAAGCAGGAUCUGUCACAUUUAACCAAUUCACAAUAGUUCGUCAAUUUGUUAACCAGAUAAUUAUUGUCCAUUUCGAAUGGUAGGCCGAAGACCACAACAGGAAUUGAAUCAACAGGGUAGUCCCAUGUGAUGUUUCCAGCCGACUCUACUGUAUAAUUGCAAUUCUUCACUGAGAAGGUCUUGAGAUUCUCAAGAAAUAACUCCUUGGCAAGUAUAUCCUUAAGAGUUAGGCAAAACUUGCCCUUACCUACAUUUUGGAGACAUUUUAUAUUGCUGAUGUCAAAAUCCUUAGCUUGUAGGAAAUAUAAUAUGUCUACUGAGGCAAUACCAGUGGAGGGGUUAUCAUCGUCGGGAAUCAGUUCAACAGUA